AUGUCUGAUUCCGGAGAAGUCGAAGUCGAAAACCCCGUCUCGGGCUUCCAAGUCCUUCCCAAGGAUGUCACUGCUGAAGUUGGCAGCAUCCGUCUCUUCAACAAGUGGGACUACAGCGAUGUCGAAGUCAGAGAUAUCUCAUUGACCGACUACAUCCAAAUCCGAGCUCCCGUCUACCUUCCUCACUCUGCUGGCCGCUAUGCCGCAAAGCGAUUCCGAAAGGCCCAAUGCCCGAUCAUCGAGCGAUUGACGAACUCCCUGAUGAUGAACGGUCGCAACAACGGCAAGAAGCUUAUGGCUAUCAGAAUCGUUGCGCACGCUUUCGAGAUCAUUCACAUCAUGACCGAUCAGAACCCCAUCCAAAUUGCUGUUGAUGCCAUUGUCAACUGCGGCCCCCGAGAAGACAGCACCAGAAUUGGAAGUGCUGGUACCGUUCGAAGACAAGCCGUCGAUGUGUCUCCUCUUCGUCGCGUCAACCAGGCCAUCGCUCUGCUCACCAUCGGUGCCCGUGAGGCUUCUUUCCGAAACGUCAAGAGCAUUGCAGAAUGCCUUGCUGAAGAAUUGAUCAACGCUGCUAAGGGAAGCAGCAACUCCUACGCCAUCAAGAAGAAGGACGAGCUGGAGCGUGUGGCCAAGAGCAAUCGGUAA